CUCCUGCUUAGCUUUGGCGGAGACUCAUAUUAUCAUAUUAUCCCAAACGGAGACUAACCAGUACCUUGUAACCAUGAACAGAUCACCAACGAAGUUUCCAACCGAUCUACCCCUUCCCUGGUUGGUUUCAGCGCCAGAAGCAGACACAUCGGUGAGGCCGCAAAGACCCAAGAGACCUCCAACCUGAAGAACACCGUUGGCAACCUCAAGCGUUUGAUCGGCCGCUCCUUCAGCGACCCCGAUGUUCAGCUCGAGCAGGAGUACAGCACGGCCCAGAUCUGUGAUGUCAAUGGCCAGGCUGGUGUUGAGGUCAGCUACCUCGGCAAGAAGGAGAAGUUCACUGCCACUCAGCUGGUCGCCAUGUACUUGACCAAGAUCAGAGACAUCACCGCCAAGGAGUUGAAGCUCCCCGUCUCCGACGUCACCAUCAGCGUGCCCGCCUGGUUCACCGACGUUCAGCGCCGCGCCAUGAUCGAUGCUGGUGAGAUCGCUGGCCUUAAGGUUCUUCGUCUGAUUAACGACACCACCGCCACUGCUCUCGGAUAUGGUAUCACCAAGCUGGACCUCCCCGGCCCCGAGGAGAAGCCCCGCCGUGUCAUGUUCGUUGAUAUCGGUUACAGCGACUACACCGCCUCCAUCGUUGAGUUCCGCAAGGGUGAGCUUAAUGUCAAGGCCACUGCCUGCGACCGUCACUUUGGUGGCCGUAACUUCGACAAGGCUCUCACCGAGCACUUUGCCGAUGAGUUCAAGGAGAAGUUCAAGAUCGAUGUCCGCUCCAACCCCAAGGCCUGGUCCCGUACCCUCGCCGCCGCCGAGAAGAUGAAGAAGGUUCUGUCGGCCAACCCUGCUGCUCCCAUGAGCAUUGAGUCUCUGAUGGAGGACGUCGAUGUCCGCGCCAUCGUCAAGCGUGAGGAGCUGGAGGUUAUGGUCAAGCCCCUCCUUGAGCGUAUCACCGUUCCUCUCGAGCAGGCCCUUGCCGAGGCUAAGCUCACCGUCGAUGACAUCGACUCCAUUGAGAUGGUUGGUGGCUGUACCCGUGUCCCCGCCGUCAAGGACGCCGUUGCCAAGUUCUUUGGCAAGGGCCUGUCCUUCACCCUGAACCAGGAUGAGGCCAUUGCCCGUGGCUGUGCUUUCAGCUGUGCCAUCCUCUCCCCCGUCUUCCGUGUCCGUGACUUCUCCGUGCACGACAUUGUGAACUACCCCAUCGAGUUCACCUGGGAGCAGUCCGCCGACAUUCCCGAUGAGGACACCAGCCUGACUGUCUUCAACCGCGGCAACGUCAUGCCCUCCACCAAGAUCCUUACCUUCUACCGCAAGCAGCCCUUCGACCUCGAGGCUCGUUACGCCAAGCCCGAGAUGCUUCCUGGCAAGGUCAACCCCUGGGUUGGUCGCUUCUCUGUCAAGGGCGUCAAGGCUGACGCCAACGACGACUUCAUGAUCUGCAAGCUCAAGGCCCGCCUUAACUUGCACGGUAUCCUCAACGUCGAGUCCGGCUACUAUGUCGAGGACAUGGAAGUCGAGGAGCCCGUUCCCGAGGAGAACGAGAACGGCGAGGUGAGUUUCCCUUUCCCUAUGAUUUAUCAAUAAGAUCGAGGCUAACGUACUCAGCCCAUGGACACUGGCAAGGACGGCGAGCAGCCCAAGAAGACCCGCAAGGUCAAGAAGCAGGUUCGCAAGGGUGAUCUGCCCAUCUCCUCCGGUACCACUGGCAUCGACGAGUCGCUCAAGAACACCUGGA